AUGAUAGCCUGCUGGGUACUCGCCGGUGUAUUUGGUACAGGGGUACUUCUGUAUGCCCUCAUAGAGGUGCACUACUUUCUGAGGAUGUUUUUAACUGUUUUACUGGCGAGGUUUUGCAAAAAACCGGUGCACAUUUUAGACGAGACUACUGUUUAUGGACUCUGUACAACAACAGACUUAGACACUUUGCUCUAUCACAUGAACAAUUCACGGUAUUUACGAGAGUUGGAUUUUGCUCGCGCGGAUUUUUAUGAGAGGACAAGUUUGUACCGCGAAAUUUGCUCCCAAGGCAAAGGAGUAGUCCAAGGAGCUGCGACUAUUCGCUACAGGAGAUUUUUAAAGCCAUUAUCCUUAUUUAAAAUAAAAUCCAAGACACAUGUAAGACCGGAAAUGCCGCUAGAAGUAGCCAAAUGGCUAGAGAGCAAUGACAUCUCUUCGGCAAUUUUAAGAGGAACUGAGACCAGCUCUGUUGUCGCGGCAACUUAA